AUGGAUGUCAAGGAGUGUGGAUAUAGCCUGACAAAUAAGGAAGAGAUGAGAAAAAGUUCUGGUCAUACUUUUCAAUCAACUGAGAAAAAUGUGACAAAAGAGGCUCAGACUGAGAAUGUAACGACUAAUUUUUCAAAAGCUUAUGCUUCAGAUUUGUUGCCAUCCAAGGAUAGUAAAGAUUUAACAAAAUAUUUUUUGCUACAAGUAGUAAAUAUUCUUCUGGAUUACAUCAAAAAAACUUUUGAUGUUAAGAGUAAAAUACUGGACUUUCAUCAUCCUCAUCAACUUCUUGAAGGUUUGGAUGGGUUAGACUUAGAACUGUCUGACCACCCUGAAUCUUCGGAGCAAUUAUUUUUUGACUGUACAGAUACCUUAAAAUAUGGUGUUAAAACAGGACACCCUCGGUUUUUUAACCAGCUCUCCAGUGGCCUAGAUGUGGUCGGACUCGCCGGGGAAUGGUUGACCGCCACCGCCAAUACCAACAUGUUUACCUAUGAAAUAGCUCCAGUAUUUACUGUCAUGGAAACAAUUCUUCUUAAGAAAAUGUAUGAAAUUAUUGACUGGCGAGAAACAGAAGCAGAUGGAAUAUUUGUACCUGGUGGAAGAAUAUCCAAGCUGUAUGGUGUAUUAGUAGCCCGUUAUAAGCAAUAUCCAGAGAUAAAAAGACAAGGCAUGACCGCACUCCCGUGCGUCGUGUUAUUUGUUUCUGAACAAGGUCAUUAUUCAGUAAAAAAAGCUGCAGCAAUACUUGGUAUUGGAACUGACAAUGUAAUUGAAGUAAAAUGUGAUGAAAGGUAUGUUUCUAACAUAUCCUCAAAAAUCGCAGCCUGGGGAGGUUGAUUGCUGCUGUCCAGAAACCACGCCCAUAAACUCAGUGGCAUUGAGUGGGCGAACUCUGUGACCUGGAAUCCACAUAAACUCAUGGGUGUCCCCCUUCAGUGCUCUGCCAUCCUGAUCCGGGAAAAAGGUCUUCUGGAAGCAUGUAACCAGAUGCAAGCUGGAUAUCUUUUCCAGCCAGAUAAACCCUACAAUGUGAACUUUGACACUGGGGAUAAAACUAUUCAAUGUGGCCGACAUGUUGAUAUCUUUAAGCUCUGGUUAAUGUGGAAAGCAAAGGGAACCCGUGGCUUUGAGGCACAGAUCAACAGAUAUAUGGAACUUGCAAAAUGCUUCUAUAAGAUUUUGAAGAAAAAAGACAACUUUAAGCUUGUGUUUGAUGCAGAGCCUGAGUUCACCAAUGUCUGCUUCUGGUAUUUUCCACCAAGACUUAAACGUAUCCCAAAAGGUUUUGAAAGAGAUCAAGAACUCCAAAAGAUUGCUCCGAAGAUUAAAGCACAGAUGGUGGAGGAAGGCACAGCCAUGAUAAGCUACCAGCCAUGUGGGGACAAAGUAAAUUUUUUUCGAAUGGUUUUUUCUAACCCUGCCACAAGACAAGCAGAUGUUGACUAUCUUAUUGAUGAAAUUGAAAGGCUUGGAAAGGAUUUAUGA